CUGUGUGUGGCUGUGUCUGUGUGUGUGUGGCUGUCUGCCUGUGUGGCUGUGUGCGUCUGCCUGCCUGUGUAUGUCCGUCUUUGUGUCUGUGUGUCUGUCUGGCUGUGUGUCAGCCACGCACAGGCAGACACAGGCAGUGUGUGGCUGUGUGUCUGUGUGUGGCUGUCUGCCUGUGUGGCUGUGUGCGUCUGCCUGUCUGCGUGUGUCCGUCUUUGUAUCUGUGUGUCUGUCUGUCUGUGUGUGGCUCUGUGUGGCUGUGUGUCUGUCUGUGUGUGUCUGUGAGUGGCUGUGUUGUCUUUCUGUCUGUGCCUUUCUCUGCCUGUGUGCGGUUGUUUGCGUCUGCCUAAUUGUGUGCCUGGGUGUGGCUGUGUGUGGCUGUGUGUGCGAGUGUCCGCGCGUAUCUUUUGUUGACACGCGUGUUGUGUGUGCGCGUGUGUUGAGUCAAUUGAAUGGGGGAGCGGUGGCGCAGUGGUUAGCGCACUGCGCUCUGAACGCUGCCAGCGGAACCCGAAUCCACGGCGGGGCUCACAUUGGCGGCGAAUAUCUGAGCCGGCCCUGGGCAUCCUCUAGGGAAACUCAGCCUUAAAUGAGUAGCUGGUACUGUGUGUGGUAUUAAUCAUCGGCACUGGGGGGGAGGGGUGGGUGGGGGAGACAAAGGCGGCUUGGGCGUGGUUCUGGCCACACCUCCCAGCCGUGCACCGUGCUCGCUCACAGCACUUGCCCCUACAGCCUGUGGAGGCUACACGUGGGGGAGGGAGUCUCUAUAUUUGGUGUGUGCGCGCAUAUUUAAGUGUGGGUGUGUGUAAGUACGUAUCAUUACGUGGACUCUCUCCGACUUGUGCAAUCAAAAAUCCGCCGACGAAUAUGGUGAUGACGACGACGAUGAUAUUGAUGAUGAUUUUUCAAAAAAUACAGGAGCCAGAGGAGAUGUAAUUGUGAAUCAAGGAGAUGCAGCGAGCACGUGAGUGCAAAGGAGAUCGUUCUUGCGAAUAGCCACCAGCGAGGGUACCGAUGGAGGUGAUGAUGUGAGAGAUGAUAACGACGGUGAUGAUGAUGAUGAAGCUGGACCAGUGAAUAUGGUGAUGGACGAGAUAGUGAGGAGGAUGACGGUGAUGAUUUAUAACGAGAUGAUAUUCAUUGAGACGAUGUGCAUACUCACGGUGAAGAAGACACUGAUGGUGAUGAUGUAGAUUGUUGAGGAUCGUGAAGAUACAUUUAAUGACAACACUGAUGGACAUUGUUCUGAUCUAAAACAUUUGAAGACACUGCCGACGAUGCUGAUAAUAAUGUAGAGGAUGAUGAAGCCACUGCCAACGAUGCUGAUGAUGUAGAGGAUGAUGAUGUAGAGGAUGAUGAAGCCACUGCCGACGGUGAUGAUGAUGUAGAGUAAAACGAAGACAUCACUGCGUCUUCUGCUGCUUCUCCACACCAUGCUCCUGAUUCUGCUACUCAUGAUCCUCUUGCUGACAACCACCACCACCACGACCACCACCACCCUUCGCAGCUGAACCCCUCCAUCCUCCAUGGCCACCGCCGCGCGAAUGAAGACGGGGGGGGUGGACUCUUUCGUGGUGUCCACUCCGGGCGAUCGCACGGCCACUGUGACACGCUCGGCCCUCCUGAGCGAGCCGCCAGCCUCAUCCCCCUCAUCCUCCUCCUCCUCCAGGUGGAGGGCCUCUCUCGCGACUCCUGACCGCUCCCCAGAGUCUGACCACCACCACUACCACCGCCGCAGCAGCAGCAGUGGGCCGAGUUCACAGACCCCGCGGGAUGCCGCUGGGAGUGGGGAGAGGAGGACGAGGAGGUCUCGUCGUCAGCAGCGCUUCGUGGAGAAGGACGGACACUGCAAUGUCCAGCACGGCAACGUGAGCGGCGAGGCGGGCCGCUACCUCUCAGACAUCUUCACCACCUUGGUGGACCUCCGCUGGCGAUGGAACGUGGCCAUCUUCGUGCUCACCUAUUCGGCGGCGUGGCUCGCCAUGGCCUCGCUCUGGUGGGGCAUCGCCUACCUGCGCGGUGACCUCGACGCCGGGCUGCACGGCGGAGGAGGAUGCGGAGGAGGCGAUGGAGAAGGUGGUGGUGGUGAUGGAGGAGGUGUCCCCUACUCGGCGUGCGUCGCCAACGUGCACAGCUUCGCCACCGCCUUUCUCUUCUUCAUCGAGACGGAGGCGACCAUCGGAUACGGCCACCGCUACAUCACGGAGCGCUGCCCCGAGGGCAUCCUCCUCUUCCUCUUCCAGUCGCUCCUCGGCUCCGUGGUGGACGCCUUCCUCAUGGGCUGCAUCUUCAUCAAGAUGUCCCAGCCGAAGAAGCGAGCCGAGACGCUGAUGUUCAGCCGCGAGGCGGUGGUCUCGAGCCGGGACGGGAGCCUCUGCCUCAUGUUCCGCGUGGGGAACCUGCGUAGCAGUCACAUGGUGUCCGCGCAGAUCCGCUGCAAGCUCAUCAAGUCUCGCCAGACGGCCGAGGGGGAGUUCCUGCCGCUUGACCAGCUCGACCUGGACGUUGGCUUCAGCUCGGGCGCCGAUCAGCUGUUCCUCGUCUCCCCGCUCACCAUCUGCCACGUGGUGGACGCGAGCAGCCCCCUGUACGAGAUGUCGCGUGCCUCGCUGCGCGACGGCUCGCCCCAGCUCGAGAUCGUCGUCAUCCUGGAGGGCAUCGUGGAGACCACCGGGAUGACGUGCCAGGCGCGCACCUCGUACACGGAGGACGAGGUGCUGUGGGGCCACCGCUUCCUGCCCGUCAUGUCCCUGGAGGAGGGCUUCUUCCGCGUCGACUACUCGCAGUUCCACGCCACCCUCGAGGUGCCCACGCCGGAGCUGAGCGCCAGGCAGCGGGACGAGCCCGAGGCCAGCUGGGGCCUUGCGGGGCCCAGCGACGGAGGAAGAGGAGGAGGAGAUGGAGGAGAUGGAGGAGAUGGAGAAGAUGGAGAAGAUGGAGAAGGAGGAGGAGGAAGAUGCAGAGGAGAGGAAGGAGGGCGAGAUGGAGCAGGUGCAGGAGGAACAGGAGGUCGAGGCAGCGUGGUCACUCCGACCUUGCCCCCGAAUAGAACGCCGACCUUGACCUCCAGCUUCGCUGUGCACAGGCAGCAUCAGCAGCAUCAGCAGCAGCAGCAUCAUCAGCAGCAGCAUCAGCAGCAGCAUCAGCAGCAGCAUCAACAGCAUCAGCAUCAGCAGCAGGUUGUGCUGCCGCCCAAACUCCGGAAGAUGAGCGUCGGCUUCGAGGUUCAAUCCCGGACACUGGCGGGGAAGAUGGGGGUGCUGGGGGUGCUGGGGGGGCUCGAGGAGGGGGGACUGGGGGGGAGGCCCAGGGUGGGAAGUUCCCCCGGCGGGGCCGAGCGAAGGCCGCGGCACCGCGCCGCCGCUUGGAGCUCGGCGGGCGACCUCGUGGUGGACCCGUCCGACUCGGGACGCGUCAUCCGCGACAUCCUCGGCGGCUGUAGGAGCAAGCGACCGGCGGAAAUCCGUGGCAGCAGGAGCGCCGCAGUGGACCUUCCUCGCCCGGUUGCGGCGGACGGGACCGAGGACACGAGCGUGGCACGACCUGCCUCGCAGUGA